AUGUGCAGGAAGCAGCCCGGAAUUGCCAUCGGGCGGCUCUGUGAAAAAUGUGAUGGCAAAUGCGUAAUUUGUGACUCGUAUGUGCGUCCAUGUACACUUGUACGUGUAUGUGAUGAAUGCAACUAUGGAUCCUUCCAGGGUAGAUGUGUCAUUUGUGGAGGUGUUGGUAUUUCUGAUGCUUAUUAUUGCAAAGAAUGCACACAACAGGAAAAAGAUCGGGAUGGCUGCCCGAAGAUUGUCAAUUUGGGCAGUGCUAAAACUGACCUGUUCUAUGAACGUAAAAAAUACGGAUUUAAAAAACGAUGA